UCCUCAGACAGUUCAUCAAGUUCACCUGAAUCCAGGAAAUUCUGACAGUAGUACUUAUCAGAGUAUUCAGCAGAUGAGAAAUGCAAUGGAAAAAGAGAUGAAGAGAGAGAGAACAAGAGGAAACGGUAGAGAGUUAGCAUUCACCCUCAUGCCAUUGUAUGCUCUCGGAGUGGGAGUGUUUGCAGCAUACAAAUUUCUUAAGAUGAAGUCACAUGAAGAAAGUCUCUCCAAAAAGGAAAAAAGUACAGAAGACAAGGCAAAGGAAACAGAGCAUCAGCUUUUAGAACUGGAGCAGCAUCUAGCACAGACAGAGAAAAUGUUAAAUUCUUUAUUGACUCAGCUGGACCCCCUGUCAAACUGUGUUAAUGCUUUAGCUUGUGAGCAGAAAGAUGAAAUAAUGACACAGCUCCAGUCAAUUAGACGACUGAUGAAAGAAAGUGGAUUGGACAAAUCAGAAAACAAGAUGAAAGACAUGGACCACAUUUGUAAUGAGAAACUUGAAGAUCUCAUUCAGUCAUUUGCUGAACAUUGUGAAGAGAAAGAAACAGAUGACAGAGAAGAUGACAGUAAUGAAGAUUUGCUUGAGGAUGUUGAUAAUGAUGACAAAAUAGAAGAGCAGGAAUUAUAUGACGAAUGUGAAGUACAUCAAUUUGAGCCAGAUGUGGUAGAAGACCAAGAAAUGAUACAGAAAGAUGUCAUUGAAUCAGAAGAGAUGGGAUUGAGGAGACGUAAUAGAUAUUAAUGAAAUCUGCAUAAUAAAACUUUCAAAAGAAUUUUUUUUUUUACAAUGUUGUAUGCACUUUAAACUGUUUUGAAUGAAGUUAUGUGCACUGUUGUAUGCUUUAAAAGAGGGGUGAAACACUGCCUGUGCUCCUAUCUGUGACGGUUCUGUUACUGACUUCAGUGGCAGCAGAAUUUCA